GCUCCCUGCCAGCUGCACAGAGUCUCCGGUUCGGGAUGGCGAAGAAUACGGUGUCCGCCCGCUUCCGGAAAGUAGAUGUAGAUGAAUAUGAUGAGAACAAGUUCGUGGACGAAGAGGAGGCCGGAGAAGGGCAGCAAGGACCAGACGAGGGGGAGGUUGAUAGCGCGAUUCGGGGAGGAAACAUGAUGGGAGCUCUGCAAGCUGUUCUGAAGAAUCCACCUAUUAAUACCAAGAAUCAGUCUGCCAAGGAUCAAGCUGAGCACCUGGUGCUGAAAGUUCUUAUCUCCUUUAAAGCAAAUGAAAUAGAAAAGGCUGUUCAGUCUUUAGACAAAAAUAGCAUGGACCUCUUAAUGAAAUACAUCUACAAGGGCUUUGAGAGUCCGUCCGACAACAGCAGUGCUGUCCUGUUGCAGUGGCAUGAGAAGGCUCUGGCAGUGGCAGGUGUCGGCUCCAUAGUCAGAGUUCUGACUGCAAGGAAGACAGUUUGAAUGUUCAUGUGUUUGUGACAAGGAAGAGCUGGUUCCAAGACCAAAAUCCUGAGCCUCAGCUAAGCCAGGGCAAGCCAACCCAUAACUCUUCGCUGCCACAUUUCUAUUCUUUCCUCUGUUUUUUUUUUUUUUUUUUUUUUUUUUUUUUUUUGCAGCUUUCAUUUUUUUUUUAUAAAGUUUUUAAACAAUACAGUACAAAUGUGUGCUGUGAGUGCAGUUCUCUGUUGACAGAAUUAUUAAGUUAUCUGCAUUUCAUUACCUGCCCUUAAUGAGCUGGGCUCUUUUGAAUAAUCACCCUUCCCCAAAAAUAUGUAGACUGAUAGGAUAUAGAAGCACUUGCAGUGCUCCCUUCACCUACAUCUACUGCACCUUCUAACCUCAUUUAUUCCAGGGCAAAAGCACCAACUUUGUCUUAAUCAAAGUCGCUGCCAAUUCCUCUGCUUUGCCACUUUCCACUCAGCUAGGAGCAUACUCCCAGGAGUGGUGUUUUGUAAUCUAAAGCUUUUAUAUCUCUAAACAGAUAUCUCAGAUACAUAUCUUGGAGGAAUCUGGAUUUCAUUGCAUUACUCCUUCAGGUCCUAAAUGUUUAAAAAGGGAUAUUUUGUGCUUGAUGCAACAAGACUGUGCUUACUAUGCAGCUAUAGCAAUUUUUUUCCCAAAUCAAAAAAAAGAUGACUUGAUUACAUGUCCGUUAAUAUCCAUUCAGCAUUUGUCCAUAUUUCAGAACUUACCUCUCAAUUGCCUGAAAGUACAUACUGACACUGUGCAGCCAAUUGCCAUAUAUCAAGUGAGGGCCUAAUAUUAAGUUUAGGGGUUCUACUUUCCUGGUAAUGACAAUAAAAUAUUUUAACGGGUUACCUGUUUGUGGAUUAAACAGGCAUCUCACCAUUUCAGGAUAUAGCUGCUUUAGUUAAUGAGGUGAAACUCCUUAUGAGGGCUUUUUGACAAUCCAUAAGUAUUCCAAGUGCACAGUAAGCAAAUGGCUACUUGUCAGUUACUACAGAGCUAAAGGUUGAAAUACUUAAUAUGAUUAUCUGGCACCACUGAUGCAUAUAGUUGCAUGGUAUAGUUUCAGAUCUCCUUCCACUGCAAAGCAUAAUGUGGCGUUCAGAUUCUAUCAUUAUAGUUGGGAAUUCCAAGGUGGAAAACACUCAACAACCAUUUGCCUAAAGGAGUGAGGCCUUAGUCACUUCUGUGCAAGAGUCCUAUAACUCUUAAAAAUAUAUUACAGGGCCUUUAGAAAUUAAGCUGCUCAACUUUGCUAUGUUUUUUAUGGAUGAAAUUAAAAACCUAUUGAUUUGGA